CUCUCUUGUCAACCCAACAACAGUUCAAAAGCUCCGAAAGCAAACAUGGCGCUGGAUUUCGCAGCCACUUACAAGGUUCUGGUGUUGGGUGACUCGAACGUUGGGAAAACUUGUAUCGUGCACCGUUAUUGUGACGAACGUUACUACGAUACUUACAUAUCAACGAUAGGUAUCGAUUUCAAACAAAAAAUAAUUAAUCUGGAUGGAACACCAAUUAAGCUUCAAAUUUGGGACACUGCUGGUCAAGAGCGAUUUAGAGCGCUAACAACAGCUUAUUAUCGUGGUGCUAUGGGUAUCCUUCUGAUGUACGACGUCACUAGUUUAGAAAGUUUCAAUCAUUUAUCCUACUGGCUACGAAAUAUUCAAGAAAAUGCCUCUCCGGAUGUCGUGAAAGUAGUGGCGGCAAACAAAUGUGACGUUACUACAAAUAGGGCUGUUGAUGCGGAAAGGGGGCAGAAAAUAGCUGAAAGUUUUGACAUGCCUUUCUUCGAAGUAUCUUGUAAAGAAAACAUAAAUAUUGAAGAAGCUUUUCUCACUUUAGCUAGAAGAAUACGAGAACAACGAGGACGCCGGGCUAGUUUGUUCGAUGCUUCAGAAAGGGAAGGAGCCAACAAUAUUGUUAUGAAGCAAUCACCGUCUCACGUCUCAGUCUCAGUCUCUGUUACCCCCGGUGAAUCUUGGAGAUGCACAAAUGCAUGUUAGUUUCUAUAAUUAUGAGAAUUGAGACGAUGCUUCGACUAUUAGUAAAUACGAAGUAUUCAUUGCGGACAGGAUUUUAUCUUUCGUGAUUGCGCACAAGAAAAAAUAAGUAAGGAGAAAAGUGCGUUAUUUCUAUAUGUAAAUAUGGGGUAAACUCUGGUAAGUCGAUGAUAAUUUUAGGAUUUUUCUAACAAUUGCUAAUAGCCGAAUAAUAGAUUAACAGAUAUUUAUUAAGUAUAUUUAAUUUUAAAAAAUAUAAUAUUAAAUUAUAUUUCUGAAUUAUUAUAUCAUUUAUUAUAUUAUUAUUAUAUUAUUAUAUAUAGAUAUUAUUAUUAAGUUAUAAACUUAUAUUUAUAUUUAUAUUGAUAUAUAUUUAUAUUAUUAUUAAUUGUUUUGAAGAAUGACUUGGAUAUCCAUUGUACAACUAAUUUUAAUAUUUAACAUUUCUAGCAUAGAUAAUGAAUGAGAACACAUAAAUUACAUUCAAUUUAUUUAAAUUAUUUUUUCUUUUAUAUUUUUAUAAUAUUUAUAGUAUAUAUACAUGAGCUGUUUUUUUAUAGGAACCGUUCUUUGAUCUAUUUUACUUUUCCCUUAAA